AUGUCCUCCACAUAUGCGAACGAUUCAGAUCGCCAUUCUGUAAACGUUUGGCCAGAGCCUUUUCCAGAAUGGACCCGCGCUAUUGAAGAAUGGAACUGGAUGUGGUUUGCCCACAUUUAUGGUUUUGCCAGCCUUUUUACUCUCUUGACGUUAUACGCUGUCUUUUCUCUUUCUCGGUUUCGAAGAAUGGCUAAUGCGAAACAGAAGGUCCAUUUGUUGGUCGUGAGCUGUGCACUGAUCACCGCGGGAAUCGGGCGGGCUCUUGUUCUUUUCUGGGAUCCUUACACCUCGAAGAAAUCUUCGUCAGCGAUUCAAAAUGUUGUUGUUUUUAUUUCUUGGGGAAUUGCAACAGCUUGUAUCACCUCAGCAUUUAGUAUAAUGCUCUUAAUCUUCUUGGAGACGACCAAAAUAACUUUGGGACCACCGAAACUUCGAAACCUGCCCCUCUUGGUUUCAAUCACGCUCACGAACAUCGUUUACGUGACGGUCUCUGAUGUUGUGGUUUGGUUUUAUCCAGAAGCUAAAGUCAUGAUUUUUAUCUGCCAUAUUACUUUCGUCAUUUGGGGUCUCGCUCUUUCUUUUGGUUAUUUCAUUGCGGGUUUUCGGAUGUGGCAAAAUUUGAAGUCCUCAUUGAAAGCUCGCAACUUCACCGAUCCAUGCCUUCUUCGGGAUGCCGGAAAACUGAAGCGUUUGUUUUUCUUCAUGAGUGCAGCUUCUCUUUUUGGUUUGGGUAACUUCUCCAUUUCCUUGUACGUAAGCGUUGGAGAGUUUGGUGUUUUUGCUGGCGACAGGUUCGCAAAAAGUUGGCCGUGGUUUUCCACACAAACAAUUUUGAGAACAAUGGAAAUUAUUCUUUGUGGUUUGAUCUUUCUAAUCGCCGCCGACAAUCGAAAAAACUACCAUCAGGCAUCUCCCAGUAAAUCCAACUUCACAAGGAACUCAAUUGAGCCAGCAACUGAAUUAAAUAGUGUCGCUUAGCGCGAAGUUAAAAGAACCUCUUUCAGGAGUCAACCACUCAAACUACACAAAGAUUAAUUAUAAACCUUCCAUGAAAAGGUGUUCUUUUGAAGUUUACAAAAGUUGACUUUUGAUUAUUAGAUGCUGGGUAAACGUGGAUAAAUAUUGUCAAAGAGCAGGUGUACAACGACCUAUAAUUUUUUUUUCGCAGGUUUAAUUCGGGUUAUAUUUUUCCUUUUUAUAAUUGUGAACGGAAAUACUUUUUGGAAGAUUUCCAUGUAGGAAUAGCAAGUUCUACCAUUUUUGUUAAAUCCAACUUAGUCCGGAAAUAAGAUGUCUAUUGUUAGAUCUGUCAGGUGGAAAAUUAGAUUCUAGUGGGCUCCAGCUGGUAAGUUGUUUCAGGAAAAUCCUGGGGAAUUGAGGAAAUCCAAAUGCGUGUGAAACUAUGGUUAAGUUUUUAUUGUUAUAAUUUAAAAGCAUUGCAACAUCUAUAGGGGUCUUUGAGUGAAUUCUAGUAAGAUUUGAAAUCUUAGCCCGCUCAUUGUCCAUCAACAAACUGAUGAUUAAAAAACAGAAAUCUGAACAACUCCUCUGAUUCGCCAAGAGAUAAUUUCAUGGAGCCCCGCUGGGUGAAGGAAAUAGUGUAUAACGCAAAUUGAAAGUUCUGAUCAGGAGAGGUCUUUUCGAGAAAGCAGACCGUAUUGUUUCAAGUCUCUUAAGUCAUUCAUUGAAACCUCCUAUUGUGUCUGUCUGUUAUCUCUCUUUAUUAUACAGCUGGCAGCGCCUUUGGGCACUACGAAGCGAAUCCUUUGUUUUGAAUGGCUCCCCGAGGGGGCAAGAUGGGCCCAUUGCGGGAUUGGCCGCAUUGAUCCCGCGUAA